AUGGAUUUUAUUAAGACAUUGAAGAAGAAGACUGAGGCCAAAAUAUCUGAUAUCAAAUCAGAAUUCAAAGAUUCUUCUACAAUUCCUAGGUUAAAACCAGAGUUCAACUAUGAAGCAUUACAAAUAGCAAUUGACUGUGGUCCGUACAUGUACGAAUAUUAUUAUGAAAUGGACUUCGACCUGACUCAUUUUUUAAAAAGAUAUAAUUUUUUAUACCCAACACCAAAUACAGAUGAAUCUCAGCUGCUAGCUACACAACUUGAAACAAUUGCGAAAAUGCGAGAGCAACUAUUGGCAAUGCCGAUAGUAGAACAUGUUUCUCAAGCCACACCGACAAAAAGAUCGAAACUGCAUACACAACAGCCAGUGAAAGAGAUCACACUUGAGGAGAUAUAUUACUGUAACGACCUGAUACUUUUUAGAUUCCUGAGAAGCUACGACUAUAAAGUUGAAAAGUCGUUGAACUUGUUGCUUAAAACGUUAUCGUGGCGUAGAUCCAGAGACCCGCUGAGACUGCCUCCAGAAAAGGUGGAGGCAAGCGUGUGUAAGAGUAUGCUAUAUAGGAGAGGCUUUGACUACUUUGCGUGCCCACUGAUAUAUUUCAGACCUGUUAAUGAAACACCAAUAAGCUUUGAAAUACACGUGUUGGCACUUUAUUAUACUUUGGAGAGAGCGUUGCAGACGUGUAUACUGACACAGGGCAACGAUAAGGUGUACGUAAUCGUGGACCUGAAGGAUUGGUCAUUGACAAGACUGCCGCCAAUGGACCUGGUACUUGAAACAGCAAGAGCAAUUGUAGAACAUUAUACAGAAACAGUGGAUGAAAUACUCUUCGUGGAUGCGCCGCCAAUGACGGACGCAGUCUUCCAAAUGGUAAAGUGUGUACUGCCAACAUCGACAACAAAAAAACUGUCAUUUAAGUCGAGAGGACCGAAGCUGUUUCAAUAUUUGAAGGAUAGAAUACCGGCCUGCUUCCUAGAAAAGUCACUUGGAGGAGAAUGUGAUCCAGAUCCGGACCACAGCGUGUAUUGGAAUAUAGAACAAUCGCAAUAUAAGUAUUUCCAGGAUAAAAUCGACCAAUGGAUUGCGGAAAACAAACAUAAAUACAUUAAAACAAACGAAGAAUUAUAA